AUGAAGACUGCUCGUAUUGCAGCAGCACAACAGGCAGCAGCUUCCCAAAAUGGAAAUUUAAAUGGACAUUCAAUUUCUCUAAAAAAUGGGGGUGAACGCAAAAGGGCUAGUAAUAGAAGUUUGAAUUAUGUUGGUAAAUUCGAGCCUCAUGAAGAUGGUAUUGGUUUGACUAAUAAUUUUGUUGGAAUGGGGAAUGAAAGUAGAAGUGAGCCUGAAUCUGGAGGAACACCACUUCAAUCAACUAACCAGCAACAACAACAAAUCAAACUAGAAUUAUUUAACAAUUCUAAUAAUUCUAAUUCGAUUUUAAAUGCUUCCAAAUUUUUUGGAGUAGUUCCUCAACAUUCACCACCACCUUAUAAUCAUCAAUUCAAUUUAUUUGGAAAUCCUUUCUUUCAACGACAUUAUGGACAAAUAAAUAAUAAUGACAACCCAACACAACAAGUUGAGAUAAAGAAUGAGAAUGUUUUGGGGUUUGGAAACACAUCAGCAAUCCCAACAUCCUUCUCUCCACAACCAACAAUUAAAAAUAAACAACAAAAUUCAUCAGAAAUAACUGAAGAAAUAACUAAAAUAUUAAAUGAACAAAAAAAUAAUACAACAACAACGAAUUUACCUCUUCCACAAAUUUUUAAUUCUUCUUUAGAAUCUACUACUAAUUUACAAAAUUGUUGGCAAAUGGAUGCGUUGACAAAUGGAAUGGGUAAAUAA